UUGGAUGUACAGGCAAUUAGAAAACCUGACGGAAAUUUAGGGCAUAAAGUCUACAGAAAGUCCACUGACGCAGAUAGACCUUCACAAAAAUUCCAAUCUCCAUCCCAAGCAGAAAAGAGGAGUGGUAAAAAUAUUAGUGGGCUGGGCUAAAAGAAUCUGUGAACCAUUGUACUUGGAGGAUGAACUGGAUCAUUUAAGAACAGCCUUCAAAAGAGACGGCUACCGCAACACAGAGGUAAAUAGGGUACUACAUUCCAAAAGGUCUAGAGCUUUGAAUGAAAAAGUUUUCCUUCCUUUGUAAAAACUAUCAGAAAUCACAUCAGCAAAGUACUCGGAAAACACGGUUUGGCAAAGUGUUUAAGUCAACAAGAAAGAUACGCGAGUAUUUGAACACUGCAAAGGACCUAUGCCUGCCAAUUGCAUUUGUGGCCAAGUGUUCAUAGGAACUACAAAAAGAAGCAUUAACACCCGCCUUAAGGAACACGAGCAAUUGUUGACUGAGCAAGAUGGAUAAAUCAGCUGUAGCAGAUCAUGAACUAGGAAUGAGAAAUCACCAGAUUUGUUUGUCUGAUAGUGGUUUUUUUAGAAGAGCUACUAAUUACUAUGCUAGGAUGUACAGAGAGGGCCUAGAACUUCAAAAGCACAGAAAUUUUUUUAACAGAAACGGAGGAGGAUUGAAAUUAGGCAAGUUGUGAACCUUACUGCUGAAUAUAAUAAACAGCUUCAAUGCUUCCCCACUAAAAGCUCCAUAGCAUGCGUCUGUGCGACUGCGCAAUCUUAGGCAGCAGUCUGAUGUCAUGAACAGACCUUUGGAUGAAUACAUAGAAACAGUUUGGCAUGCUCAGCUUGUUUGAGACUAACUGCUUCUAACUGCCUCUGAUGAUCUCUCAAGCAUUGGAAGACGAAAUGUUAGGCACAGAAUUAUGCCUUGGACUGCAGCUUUAUGCCCAUAAUCAAAUGUUGACAGUAAUGUGGAUAAAGUUGUUAAUUUGAAAUUAACAACUGUAAUGGCACUGUCCGGAAAUAAUGGAGCAGUUGGAAGGGGGUUGUAAGUUAAAGUGCUAAUACCAUGAUACAUUGAAGUGACAAGAGGGAUGUGGGCCUUACUUGAGACAUGACAUCACUGAAAUUGGUCAUUGCAUACAAUUCUCCACUUCUCAAAAAUGAAGUUGUGCCACUUUUCCAAAUUAGAAAACUAUCUCAGAAUCACGUAAGUCUGAGGGUGUGUGCGCCUGGAGAACUACAGUCUAUAAAGCAGUUCACACAGUAAUUGUCCCUGUCUCUCUAAUAAGUUUGUACAGAAUGCAUGCAAGGAUGAUUCGUUUGUUGCAUGAUCGCUGCAGUGUGUAGCUUGCACUGUUAGAAACUGUCACAGAGGGUGUAUCGGAAAGAAUAGCACAAUUUCACAGUCUGGUACUUGUGUAACAAUUUAUCACAAGUGACUGUUAAUAUGGCUAAUGUUUAGAUUUUUUAAAUGGCUGCCAUUCCAAGUCUGAUUCAAACAUUUAUGGUCCUGUAUUUCUUUUUUAUCAUAAAUAUCUUCAAAUGUUCCAGUCUUGUCUCUUUCUACAAAUUCAAGGGUAUUUUCUUUUAUAUGUGGCAUAAUAGUGUUUCUUAUGUUGCGAACUGUCCAAAGACGACUUUCGCAGCAAUUUAUGGCUUUAGAGAUGUGGCAGAUAACAUGGAAUCACACACGAUUCAUGCAGGCAUGCUACAGCUCCAGUAAAAUAACUUUAGAAUGUAGUGCUGGGUGACAAGUGUUACUGGCUUGCAUUAAGCCCUACUUGACAUGGCAGCAAUAUAUGUACUGUAUCUGCAAAACAAGUUAGGCCGUAAGUACAUGACAUUCAAGAAAGAUCUAGAAUUGGCUGGUGGCUGGCCUCUACUUGACUCUCUAAAACAACAAUUACAAGGUUAUUUUAAUAAAGAGCGCACAUACACAUCACCGACCUGAAAACUUGAAUAUGUUCAACUUGCUGCAUAACUGAAAUGUACAUAGGGUUGCCACAUUUUCUUGAAGUCGGAGAAUUUCAAACAUGUCAAGGAAAUAUCAGGGAAAUUUGUAAAAAUCUGUUUUUGUCUCAAUAGAUGAAAUGGUUUGUUUACUGAGGUGUCUUGCAUCGUCACUGGCUGCGUUCAGCUAAGUACGUGUGCCGAUUCCCUAUUUCCUCAUUACUACUGCUUCUCCCCUUCCUUCCACUCCCCUCAGCUUGCAGUCAAUGUGGGCACCACUUGGUGCCUCUAGCCUAGCAGCUGCCAAUGAGAGGCAGGGAGGCAUGAGGAGUGGUUUGUUUGGAUCUGAUUCUGAGACUGUAGACGGCGGCCGUGCGUAGCUUGUGUGUGGGUGAAUGUGUGGCGUCGUCUCACUUUCUGACAAAAGCUAUGACUUAGUUGUGAGAGUGUGAUUAUCUCUUCUACGUGCCUGUCUGCUGUUCAGCAAUCAUCUUUAUGGUGCAGCUUGUGGUAUCUGUGCUGGGGAAGACUGCUUUAUUUACUGUGUCCUGAACUAACCUACUCCUUGGACUACACUACAGAUAAGUCGUCACCACAACCAAGAUUUCAGGUACAAGCUGGUACACCAGAUUAGGCAGCAGAAUUGCGAAACUUAGUACUUCUGGCUGAACAGUCCAUUAAUGUCUGAAGCAGUUGUGGAGCAGCCUCGAUGUUACAGGAAACACAAUGUGGGAUUAAAUGGAGUGCUGUCAAACCCUGUACAACCCGUAACACAUUCAGAGUGUACUUCAGAUCAUUUGGAGGACCAAACUAAUAACAUAGCAAUGGAAGACCCUACAAGUGCAAUUGAACAUACAGCACAUAGUCUCAGAAGUACAACAGCGCGGUCUCGCAGAUGGGAUGCAUUGCACAUUCCUGGAGAUGGGACAAACACAGCACUUGAACUAAUGCCAAGAGGAGUCACACAGCGUACCCGUAGCAGGGUGUCACGACCGCCACAUGGACAAGGCUUCAGUGCCAGUUCUGAUGACAGAAUUGGUAGGGAGGUUGUUGUUUUGCAAAAGUGUGAUGAACAGCAGAGUUCACAACAACAAAGAUCUGACAGAGAUACAGUUAUACCACAACCAUCUGUUGGAGGGACAAGUAUGUCUCCCAUUCAUCAUGGAGAAGUGAGAGCCACUUGCAGUCAAGCUAUGGAUGUGAAUGUCUCUCACAGUCGGCGUACAGUGCCAAGUGAUAGGCAGGGACGUAGUGUGACGAGAGAUGUUCCGUACACUCGUGUUUGUGUAGCAAGUUCUUCUCGCAGCCAUGCGAGAGAGACAAAUGACACUCAUAGCCACAGUAGGGAAGGGAAUGCAUCUGCACCUCGUGGCAGAGAGGCGAAUGGUACAGCCAGGAAUGGCAGAGAAACGAGUGUCACAGAGGAACAUAAUGAGGUGGCUGGUGGUCGUCAACCUUGCCCAAGACUCAGGCACCGGAGUCAUGUGAGGGAGACUAAUGUUACUCAGAGCCAAGAUAGGGAGGCAAAUGCCCCUGUAGCUCGUGGCAGAGAGGCAGAGAGCCCAACCAGAAAUGGCAGAGAAAUGAAUGUUGCAGAUGAACAUGGCGAGGCAGCUGGUAGUCACCAACCUUGCCCAAGGCUCAGGCGUCGUGCUUUGCCAGACCGAGGCAUCAGAAGAAACAGUACAAAUCAAGAAAGGGAGCCGUAUUCACUUAGACCAAGAGGUGAGCGACCAAAUUACAGUGUAGCUGCUGGUCAUCGUAGAAGAACUCAACCAAAUUGGCGGACACAAUUGAGAACACAGAUGAGGCAGUACAUGGAUGAAAUUUUUGCUGCCUAUGUGAAUGCUAUGUUGUUUGGAAAUCAGAAACGUGAGGUCAAGGAUCUUCCAGAAGUUGCAAUAAACGAGGAGCAAGUUAACUCGGGUCUGAAAUGUUCAGUGUGCUUGUUAGAUUUUGUACUGGAUGAAAUAGUACAUAAGCUGCCUUGUGACCAUUUAUACCACAAAAAUUGUAUAAUACCAUGGCUUGAGCAGAAUGAUAACUGCCCAAUGUGCAGAAGGCCUGUUGAUGAUGAUGAUUCUGAUGAUGAUGACGAUGAUGAUAUUGAUAUUCUUCCGGAUGAUGAUGACGAUGACGAUGAUGAUCCAGGUAACCAAAGGGCUCGUUUCCGAAUAGUUGUUGGAGAUGCAGAUGUCACUGUUAUCGCUCAUGACAGCGCUAAUGAAUCUUCGGCCUCUGACACUGAUUUCGAAGUAUUUAUGAAUUCUGAUGAGUACUGAAGCUACUGAAUAUUACGACUGAUUUAUCCAUUUGAAGAUUUGGGACACAUUUUUGUGUACUCAGUAUGGGAAUGUAUUUUCAUCGAUUCCCAUUACAUACUAUCAAAUAUAUAGACUGAAUGUUUCCAGCAUCAUUUUCAGACACUCUACUUACAACUGUGUUACAGUGCAAAAAGUUUUACAAACAGUAGUUUUUAACAGCAGCUGUGAUUGGAUGCUGUCUGAAUGAGAGGGAGGUCCUAGCACUCUUUCAACAUACUGCAUAGACCAACGCUUCAGUAGUGUAUAAUUAGUGAUUUUCUCCCUUUACUGUCCCCAAAUACAUCCACACCCAGAAUAAGUUUUUGUGACUUGUUUGAAUGGCUCUUCUGUAAUGCAUAUGGGGAAGGGGGGGGGGGGAGGGAGCUGAAAGAAGUUGUGCUGGGAAACUACUUGUAUAGUGUUUGUGAUUAUUAAAAGAUAUUUAAACUUAGUGAAUAUUAAAUGGUAAACACACUAUUGGUUCCAUAAAUCAUAACUUGAAUGUCUGUUUAUUGUUACAGUGUCUAAUGUGUCUAUAGCCUUAUACUCUCAACAAAGUAUCAUAAACUGAUUAUAUAUUUAUUUAUUGUACAAAUAGUAACUGAGAUUUUUAUGUUAUAUGCAUUGUUUUUACUUUAUCGGCCUAUUGAUAUCUGAGAAAAGUGUCCUACUUGGAGUUUGUAUGAAUGAACUGUAGCUGAAAUACAGUUGUAUAUUUCA